UCAGUCAUUCGUCUGUCUUCAGUCGCAUUCAUUCGACGUAGAAAAUCAAGCCGACUCAUAAACAAAAUCACCAUGCAGUUCCAAGUGACUUUCGCAGUGCUCGCCGCGGUCAUGUGCUUCGCCGCUGCCGCCCCCGCAACUGAAGAAAUCAAAUCAUCAUCGCCAUCGACGUCGGCCCAAUCGGCCGUUUCUGGCGCCGAUCGUAGCAAACGUUUCGUGGCCAUCGCUGCACCAUACGCCGCCRCACCUUACGUGGCUGCUGCACCUUACGUGGCCGCAGCGCCUUACGUGGCCGCUUCACCAUACACCGCCACCCCUUACGUGGCCGCCCCAUACGCCGCUGCCCCUUACGCAAUCGCUUCUCCACACGCCGCUCCAUACGUCUCGUCGUACACCACUUACCCGUACGUAGCCAAGACCUUGGCUUCUCCGUACACUUACUACCCAUGAACGGCCGCUUUCACUCGUGACUAUCCUCAGCUGUAUUCUGGAAGUAGUACGACUAUUAAACAUCACUCGAUGGAUUCUGCUGCCUCUCGUUACUUCUUAACGAAAUAACUUUAUAAAAAUUAAAUUUUUUUUAACUCUGAUUGUAAUUUAUUCAAACAUAUGAAARMAUGUCUUGUUGAAAUGUAAAUAAAAAUCUAAUUUUUUCCUAUAUCUUAUCGUAUAAUAUUGUUUCCUAUAAAAGCAUCAAACACAUAGGAUUUUCAUUAAUACACGGUAAUGACUAAUGAGAUAUUCCUUACUAUUAAAAGAAUAACUGAACAUCUAAAUCAAAUUAAAAGAAAGAAAACUAUAUCAUUUAAAAAAUUAAUGUUAUAUGUAGGUGUAUUUAUCAGUGUAUUUAUGCUUUUUACUUGAUCACUUAAAUACAUAAUCGUAUAUAUUUUUAAUAUGUCCUACUCUUAUACGUUAUGGUCUAAGUG